AUGUGGGAAUGCGAGUGGCAACUCAUAAUACAAUCAGAUAAUCAUCUCAAAGAAUUUGUAGAAACACUUGACAUCGUUACACCUCUCAACCCUCGCGAAGCAUUUUUUGGUGGUAGAACAAACGCCAUCAAACUUCAUCACAAAGUUGAAGAAAACGAACAAAUCCAUUACAGCGACAUGAUUUUGUUGUACCCGUGCGCAAAUUUGGGAUGCGAGUACCCCAUCGGUCACCCAGAAUUCAUCAACCAACCAAAGACCACAGACAUCAGCAGAUACUACGGAACAUGCGCGCAGCAACAGAUAAAACAGCAACCCACAAACAACAAAAGAAGUGAAACCUGCCCUCAUUCCAUUGAGGAACGGACCCUCACAGGUAUCUGGACCACCCUCGAACUUCAAAAGGCCAUUGAAAAGAAUUAUGUCAUCACCUAUGUGUACGAAGUAUGGCAUUUCAAGCAACGUUCAAAGAAACUCUUUCAAUCAUACAUAAAAACUUUUAUGAAGAUCAAACAGGAAGCUUCAGGAUGGCCUGCAGAAUGCGACACAGAACAAAACAAGAUGGACUAUCUUGAUGACUAUCGAAAACAUCAAGACAUUCAACUAGACUAUCAACGCAUCGAAAAGAACCCAGGUCGGCGAUCACUUGCCAAAUUAAUGCUGAAUUCUUUCUGGGGAAAAUUAGGACAAUGCCCCAACCAAACCCAAGUCACCACGUGCACAAAGCCAAGCAAAUUCUUCUAA